UGAUGACGUUUUUCCAGAGGCAAAUUUGUCUGCCCGAAAUAUAAAGCUAUAAAGCCGAAUGUUUCCUGUACAGAUCGGGUAGCGACAGCGACAGUCAACUUUAACUAAACAGGUUAUGGUUAAAGUUCAAACCCGACCAUGAACUAGUCACACACAUUCAGUGGACGCAUGCGUAUUUAGUCGAAAAGGCUACUUGUCUUCGAUUAUCAUGGAGUACGGAAAGGAGAGGGUGGUGGCUUUGGUGGACAUGGACUGCUUCUACGUCCAGGUGGAGCAGAGGCUGAAUCCAGCUCUGCGGAACACCCCCUGUGUGGUGGCGCAGUACAAAACCUGGAAGGGUGGCGGUAUUAUAGCUGUCAGCUAUGAAGCCAGAGCCCACGGUGUAACCAGGAACAUGUGGGUGGAUGAUGCAAAAAAGCUGUGCCCGGAUCUGCAGGUGGCUCGAGUCCGUGAGUCUCACGGCAAAGCCGACCUAACCCAUUACAGGGAUGCCAGCGUGGAGGUGAUCGAGGUGAUGUCUCGCUUUGCCGUGAUCGAGCGAGCCAGCAUCGAUGAGGCCUACAUGGACUUGACGGCUGCCGUCCAGCAGCGGCUGAAGACCACGACUGAGGAACAAAUGAGCCCUUGCCUCCUGAAGACCACUUACAUUCAGGGGUAUCCUCAAAGUGGACUGGAUCCUCCCUCCGCAGAUGCAUCUCCAGAAGAGAUGAUUUUAUAUAAAGAGGAGCUGAGAUCCAAAGGUCUUCAGCAGUGGAUGGAAUCCUUACCUACGCCCUCAUCAGGGGAGCUGAAUUGUGCAGAACUGCAGCUGACCAUGGGAGCGCUCAUUGUUGAGGAGAUGAGGGCUGCAGUGGAGAAACAAACGGGUUUCCGUUGCUCCGCAGGAAUAUCUCACAACAAGGUCCUGGCUAAGCUCGCCUGCGGUCUGAACAAACCCAACAGACAAACCGUCUUGCCUUUGGAAUCUGUGACGGAGCUUUUCAACUCUUUGCCCAUUGGCAAGAUUCGGAACCUGGGGGGUAAGAUGGGGGCUUCGAUAAUUGAAACUCUGAAAGUGGAGAACAUGGGAGAUCUCACUCGCUUCUCUCAGUCCCAACUGGUGCAGCACUUUGGAGAAAAAACAGGCCAGUGGCUUUAUGACUUGUGCCGAGGGGUCGAGUCUGAAGCUGUUAAGCCCAGGCAGCUUCCCAAGUCUAUUGGCUGCAGUAAAAACUUCCCUGGAAAGACGUCUCUAGCCACUAAAGAACAGGUACAGUACUGGCUUCAUCAGCUGGCCCUGGAACUGGAAGAAAGGCUGAACAAAGACAAAGAAACGAAUGGUCGAGUGGCUAAGUUGUUGACGGUUGGUGUGCGUCAGCUUGGUGAUAAGAGGCCCAGCAGCUUCUCUCGAUGCUGCGCUUUGGUGCACUAUGAGGCAGCCAAACUAUCUAGUGACAGCUUUGCCAUUAUCAAGAGCCUCAACACAGCAGGAAACCACCAGGCUGCAUGGACUCCACCGCUCACCUUGCUGCACCUCUCUGCUAGCAAGUUCAGCGACGCGCCGUCGUCCGGGGGGAUUGCCGGCUUUCUCUCAGCCGGCGUCGCUCCAGGCCGGAGCGUUUCCGCCACCUCUAAAGUCUCAACUCCGCAGGCCUCUGAGCUGAAACAAGACUCUGCAUGUAAACAGCGCGGGAGCAUUCAGGCCUUCUUUCAAAAGGCACCAGUGAAACAGAAAGGGGUUAGGAUGGAUGUAGAGGAGGAAAUUCCUCCACUUUCUGGUACUAGUCCAACAUGUACUGAUGACAGUCAGCUGCAGACAGCGGCCUGCUCCUCAGAGAGUUUGCCUCAGUCGAAGCUCAGUUCAGGCUUCUGUUCUUUUUUUCAUAAAAAGACUCUGGAAAAAAGCAAACACGAACCCCAAAAUAAUCCUGGAUCCUCUGAAAACAAUGAAAGUAAAGCAGCUGAGACUGCUGGAGCAGAGCCACAAUCAAAGCGUAGCUCAGAGCUCACACCACAUCAUCAACCACAUGCAGAAGAUUCUGAUCCAGAAUCAAAUUGUAACCGUACAAGCGUGGCUGCAGAGGAUCUAUUGAAGUGCGAUCGUUGCGGUCAGGAAGUCCUGGUCUGGGAAAUGCCCGAACACAACGACUACCACUUUGCCCUGGACCUCCAGAAUUCCAUCUCUUCAUCUACAGGUUCCUCAUCCUCUAGUGGCUCUCCAGCGCCUCUCAGAGGCUCAGUCCAGCACCCUCAGGGCAAAACAAAAACCAGAGGUCAGUUCGGGCCUGCAGCAAAAAGGCCGCGCUCCCAGGGAGGAAGUAAGGGUACUCUGGAUUCUUUUUUCACAAAAAACUAAUGUUUUUAGCAGGUAUCAAUUUCACAUGAAAAACUAAUAAAAAAAAGCCAUAGGUGAAGAAUUUUUAAAUCCGAUAUUUGGUGUCAUGUGAUGUACCUAUUUUGUUUGCCUCAUGCUUUUUUUAAAAUCACAAAUCAAACUGUAACUAGACAUAUUUUGCAAUGGAGCAAACUAUAAAAAUGCUUUUUACUGUUAAGGGAUUUUUUGUUACAUAAUGUUGCAGUAUUGUGACAUACCAGCAGGUGGCAGUAGUUCUUACAAAUAAAUGCAUUUUUAAACUCCAUUUUCAAAUCAUGUCUUUUUUUAUUUUAUUUAAAAAUCUCUCAUCAUUUUAGUGAUGAAAACAUCAUUGUUGGUUGUUUAAAGGAAAAAAAAGCAGCAAGAGAAAACCCUGUUCUAUUGCCAAAUACAUGGAUGGUAGCAUCAUUUUAAAAUCUAUGCCAAAGCCUCAGACACAAAUGUCUACUUGUUAUGGAUUGAAAUUAUUCCAAACUUCUGUAAAAUCUCUAAAAUAAUAAACUUUAAAGGACAAGUUAUUUAA